AUCAUAAAUUAGGACAUAACAAAAAUCACUAUUUUCACGUUCUUAUCAGAUAGUAUUAUGUAUCUUAUCAUUUAACAAAGAUAUUCAGGUUUUUGAGUUAUGUAAAUACGUAUGUCAAUAUAUUCGAGGUCGACUUGCGGUUUCCUUUGACUCAACGUUAGUAUUGUUUUUUCCGUUGUUCAACAAAUUCUGAAGCAUAUAAAAAGAGGAUGGCACAUAAAUCGACUUUAGUUUCUACAAUAAAUAGUUGUCAUAUUGUAUCGUAUAGUAUAGACAAAAGUUCGAAAAUUAAUGGUUAUUAAGAAGUUUUGAAAAUCAUCGUCAAACGAAUUUUUUGUCUCGUUGAAAUAAAAAACAAAACGUAUUAUAAUUAUAACAAUUGUUAUAAAAAAAAAAAAAAAAAAAAAAAAUAAUUGGAAUUUUCUUAUUUAUUUUUAAUAAUUCUUACUAGAAAAAGAAAAAACAUAUCGACUAUCUCUAAGUUCUUAUCUAAUAAUUAGUUUGAUAAGAAAACAAUGGCGCAGAGUGUUAAUAAAAAAGUAUGCAUAGUUGGCGCAGGCGCAGCUGGCUUAUGCGCGGCUAGACAUUUGGCGGGAGAUACAAAUAUCGAAAUGACGGUAUUUGAGCAAACUGGUGAAGUUGGUGGUACUUGGGUAUAUAACGAUAGAAUUAGUUUAAAUGAAAAUGGUUUACCAAUUCAUUCGAGCAUGUAUAAGAAUUUAAGAACAAAUUUACCUGCAAGAAUUAUGAAUUUUCCUGAUUAUAUGAGAAUGAAUGCGCAGGAACCAUGUUGUAUAUCUCACAAUGAAAUUUUAUCUUAUUUACGUAAUUACAUGGAACACUUUCAACUACGUAGGUACAUACAGUUUUACAUAAAAGUUGAAAAUAUACGUCCAAUUAAGCUGGAUAAUAGCAACGAAGAGAAAUGGUUGGUACGUGUUAAACAAUUAAAUAAUCAACGUACGGAGGAGUAUCGAUUCGACGCAGUUAUGAUUUGUAAUGGACAUUAUUUCGAACCAUAUAUACCUGCUAUAAAAGGUAUGGACACUUUUCCAGGUAUAGUAAUGCAUAGUCAUUCAUACAGAAAGCCAGAAGAAUUUAAAGAUAAAAUUGUAUUAAUUUUGGGUGCUGCAUCUUCUGGUAUCGAUAUUGGAAUCGAUUUAACUGAUCAUUCCUCUAUCGUUUAUCUAAGUCAUAAUCAAGAGAGAUUCACGAGCGUAUUCCCAUCUAACAUGAUACAAGUCGUUGGAGUUGAUAGAUUGGAGGGAACGAAAUGUUUCCUAAAAGAUGGAACUUCUGUUACCAUUGACGCAUUUCUUUAUUGUACUGGAUAUCAGUAUAGUUUUCCUUUCUUAGACGAAAGUUGUGACGUCAAAGUCGAUGAUAAUUACGUAACGCCAUUGUAUAAGCAUCUUAUUAAUAUAGAACAUCAAACAAUGGCUAUUAUUGGUAUACCUUCACAAAUUAUACCUUUUCCUAUGUUUCAUAUGCAGGUACAAUAUUUCUUGAGUCUUAUAAAAAAUCGUCUUGCUUUACCUUCGAAAUCUCAGAUGCUCGAAGAUUCGAAAUUGAAAGCCCCGAAGAAAAGACACGCACAUAAGAUGAUGACCGAGCAAUGGGAAUAUAAUGAUUCGUUGGCAGAUGCAGGAGGAUUCGAUCGACUUCCAUCAUUUUAUAAAAUUGGUUAUCUUGCAUGGCAUUCACAGGUAAAGGCUAAUUUUUUGCGUUACAAAUACGCUAAAUUUGUUAUAUCCGAGGAUGGGAAAAAUGUGGAACUCAACUUAUCUAAUUGACAAUAUUAAACAAUCGUAAAAUUACUUAUUUUAUAUAUAUAUAUAUGUAUAUAUAUAUAUAUAUAUAUAUAUAUA